UAGUGCAAGGGGCACUCACAACCCCCACAAGCGUUCAAUUAAGCACUCGUGAACGUCCCGGAAGUUCGUCUUACAACAUGUCGUACAAAGUGGUGCUCCUCUGUUUAUGUGCCGUAUACUUCACAACAGCCGCCCCAGCGAACCGACCGGAAUAUGAUUAUGAGUAUGACAACUCAGCUCAAGCAGCUCAGGCGCCAGCUGAGUCAAGUCACUAUGACGCUUACAUCCAAGACGUCAAGGCCGCAGCCACUGGCGACGCUAGUAAGAAGGGCUUCAGUAGAGGAAGUGGUCUGAGAACUAUCGCUGUAGGUUCAGCCAAUCAAGCGAAAACAGCGCUUGGAAACCAGCAAGCUGCAGCGUACCAGGCUGCCUAUGUGGCGAAGAACACUCUUGCCCAAUCAGCGGCCCAGUCCAGUGCUACAGCGCAAGCAGCGCUAGCGGGGAAGCAAGUGAUACUGUCUGGCUUGGAGCAGCAAGUGAGAGACGCUAAGGUGGCGCUCCAAGGAGAAGAGAUGCAGCUGCAACAGGCCAAGAGAUCAGCACAAGCCGCGGCCCAAGCUGCCCAACAGGCCAUGCACCAAGUGAACGUCAUCCAAGCAGCUCUGAACGCAGCGCAGGCGACAUCGGAGAAUGCGAACGAAGCAGCGUCCCAGGCGGCCGGGGAACUGGGAGCACAGACGGCCAUGGUGGGGGCGGCUCGCCAGCGGCUCCAGACCUUGCAGGAGCAGCUCAAGGGAGUUAGGAUCGACUUCGAGGCCACGCAGGCUGCUGCCAGGAAAGCUCAGGCCGCGGCCCAACAAGCCCAAGCUAACGCGGCGGAAGCGGCAGCGAAGGCGGCGGCGGCUGGUCUCGGUCAGCGUCACGACUCCUCGCACGAAGGUACGGAGGUUCAGGAGCGGCAGGCGGACACGAGGGAGUACUACCGAACUGACCGGCACUAGUAGCGGCUUUGAACACACGUCGUUUGAUCAUUACUACAGUUACUAAAACAAAAUAUAAACAUCAUAUCUUUAAACGAACAAAUCUUGUAUACAAAUAUACAAUCUGGCUCUCGGAAACGGCUCCAACGAUUUUCAUAAAAUUUAGUAUGCAGGGGAUUUCGGGUGCGAUAAAUCGAUAAAAGGAGAGUAAAUAAAAAACACAAUUUUCCUCUUAAACCAAAUUGUUGUGAGCCUUCUUGAGUGUAAAUUCCGAUAAGAUUCGUCUUCGAUCAAUUCGACACUUGUUUCACCUUUACACAAGGCAUUUCAUCAUUUGGCGAGUCAUCAUCUACUGAAGAUGCCUCGUGUAGUGGCGAAACACGCCUCGAAUCGAUCGAAGACGAAUUUCGAUUUCCGCAAUGUAACGCUUAAUUCAAUACAUUUUCGUCUUCAAUAUAACAUUUAAUUUACAAUAAUAAUAAUUCAUAAUUUAUUCUGAAUGAUUUUGUUUUCUGAGCACGAUCAAACGACGUUCUAGAACAAUUGUUAUUUGAUACUAAAAUAGAAUAGUUAAGUGAAGGACACAAUAUUUAUUUCUUUUCUGUCCUAUUUCAGUAUCAAAAAAAGACAUAGGUAGUUGUAAAUAAAUUAAUUAAUAGAUUGUUGAACUUAAUAAUAAUUUAUAUUUUUAUACGAUUUUUAUACUGUAGUAGUAUUUAAAAACUUUUUCACAUUCGCAACAUUCACACGAAUAAUUAAAUAACCAUAUGGGUAUUCAUUGGAAAUUAUCAUUAUGAGAUAGUCUUGUUUUUGUUAAUAAUUUUGAUGACAAUAGCCAGAAAUAGAACGAACAGAUUGCAAUGCAAAAAGUGCAUGAAACUCUUGCGAUGCUAUUACGCAAAUUUACGUGUCGAAUAUUGCGUUAAUGAACACUCGAGAACUUUCAUUUUUGUAUGACAAAAAUGAUUGUUAGACAAAUAACUUGAUAAGUGCGAUGUCCGAAUGUUGUUAAUAAAUAAUAUUUUGUUUUCAA